UUUUCUUCUCUCCUCCGUUCCUUCCUUCCAUCCAUGCUUUCCUUUACUGCGUUUAUCAGUUUACCGUCACUGCUCUGGCAUAUUAUUAAACGUGACUCACCAAACAUAAAUGAAAUAUGAAAACCCUUCUACAUUUGAGAGAUUCUAAAACUCUCAACCACAAAUGCAGGGUUUCUGGAGUUAAACAUUGUGCAGCUGUUAAAAACUUAAAACAAAAGGUCGAAGAUAAAAAUAAAAAAAAUUCUCAGAAAGACAAGUUAGUUUGUUUGUUUUAGAAAUUGAAUUGCCUGCAAUAAUGAUACAAAACACUUUUUGUUGAAGACAGGUAGCUUUAGAACCUAAAAAUAAUUACAGAUGAAUGAUUCUGAAUGUUCAGCCUCCUUGUCCUCUGCAACAUGACAUUAGCCCACAGUUGCCAUAUGAGACGUCUGUGGUUUUCCUGUGAACAAGCUCCACAUCUGCUUUUCUAUUGAAACAUGUCAUCUUUGUCCCAGUCACUGCCACCAUCUUCUGUGAUGUCAGACUAACAGUAUGUAUGUAGCUGUCUAAAAAAUGACAUUGUUCAUCCCUGAUAUGGCUGGUCGUCUGUUUUUGCUCAUCCUCCUUUUCGAUACCUUCCAGUUCCUCAAAGCCAAAGAUCUUCCUCAGCCCAGUCUAACAGUGAUUCCUGCAGUCAUCAAAGAGAGAGUCUCAGUUCAGCUGAACUGUCAGACUCCUCCAUCUGUCUCUGAGUGUUACUUCCAAAUGACUGGGCAAGUGGAAUUCAUCCUUCCAUCACCCUGUCAACAGACACUCACAGGAACACUACUGGUGAGGUGGACAGGUCAGAGUUCACCAGCUGAGGUCAAAAUCCAAUGUCAGUACAGUGCUACAGGUUCACAGGUUAGAUCCACAUACAGUGAGCCUUCAACAGUCACAAUUCAGGACCUUCCUCAGCUGACAGUGAGUUCUACAGUCAUCAGAGAAACAGAAUCAGUUCAGCUGAGUUGUGAGACUCCUCCAUCUCUGCCUGUGUCUCACUGUUACUUCAACAUAGAGGGGAGUAAGAAUCUUCCAGACUCAUUGUGUACUCAGACAAUAACAGGAACUGAGCUGCUCAAGAGGUCUGGUCUAACAUUUCCAGCUGUGGUCAAAGUGAUGUGUUACUACACUGUAUGGAAGUCUCACACAUCUCCUUUUAGUGACCCUGUCUCAGUCACUGUUCUGGAUCCAAAACCAGACAUUACAGUCCAUUUAGAUGAGGACUUCACCAUCAUCUGUUUGAUUCAUGGAUCCUUAAGUCCUGACACCACCUGUAACCUGUAUGUUGGAGAGGAGAGUCAGCCAUCCUUCAUAGCAAAGAUCAUGAAGAAAAGAGCCACCUCAACAUCCAGACAGCGGUUCUGUCAAUUCACUCCAAAACAUAGUGAUCUGAUCAGUGGUCUACAGUCAGUGAGGUGUAAGGAGGUGAGCUGUGACUACAGAGUGAGCUCAGGACCAAACUCUCUCUCUCCACGCAGUGAUGGGCACAGCUUUACACAUCUGGUGGGAGUUCACAUCAGUGAUCCAACAACUAUACAGACACCUUCUAUAGCAGUGGGUUUGACUCCAGGUCCUAGAUCUACUUUGCCGCCCAGCACGGCAGCGAGUCCUACAGAAGUUUCCACUGUUACUUGUACCUUUACCCCAGACACCACAGUGACACCAUCUACCAGUUUGACCUCUCCUUUGACCCCUAGCAGGGCAGUGAAUCCUUCAUCAGGGUCGACUGUUUGCUAUACUUUGACCACUGACACCCCAGCAAGUCCAACUGAAAGAGGUCAAAGCUCCACAGAAAGUGAAGUGGAAUCAAACAGUCAAGAAAGCAUUCUGUUGGGGCAAUUAUGGCAGGCAGCAGUGAGGGUGGCUUCUGGAGUGGGCGUGUUCCUGGUAGUAUUGACAGCUGUCUGUCUCUGCAGGAGGACCAAGAAAACCAAUUCUCAGAGACCUACAGCCAGACAGGAUGAUCACAGACAAUAUGAUUUGGUGUCUAUGGGAGCGGUGAGCAGUGGAGUCAUGUUGGAUUCAGGAGAUGCUGGAAUCGAUUCUCAGAUCACUUCUGUACUGUACACAUUCAUGCCCUCAGGUUUGUCCCUCAGAUCUCAGAACCAUCUGCAAGUGCACAGCUACUGUACAUGCUUAAACUUUGGGCCUAACCAUAUCAACCUUAUCAAAAUGCAUUUAUGACACUUAAAAUUAAAACACUUAAUUAAAAAAUG